GCUGCUUAACCUGAGUUAAGUUUUUUGAGAGAAAAGUUGAUGUUACUUACAUUUAGUUGCUCUGUUCCCUGUUUCAUUGUUUUUUUUAUGCCUUUGCGCGCCACAUUUACUCUAACCGCUUUUUAAUGGAUUCGUUAAGCGAGUUCACUGCUUCAGAAAUAGAAUUUUUUGCUGAAGAUGAAGGGAUAACUAUUGUUCCAAACUUUCGAUUGGAGAAGCUUAGUCUAAUUAGAAAAGACUACGGACCUUUUGAGCCAUCUCUACCCGUUGAGGUCCCCUUAUGGUUAGCCAUGAAUCUAAAAAAGAGGAGUCGUUGUAGAAUAGUAUCGCCUCCUUGGUUAAACACUGAAUUCCUUACUAAGAAAAUUGAAGAAGAACAGGAAAAAGAACAAUUAUCCGAACUGCCAGCCUAUGCGCUUGAAAUAGGCAUGCGAGUGUUAAAAUAUGCACCCGACGAUAUUUCUAACGCCACACAAACUCGAAUAUCGUUAGAAAAACUUUGGGAGACCCGUUUAGCUAAAUUAAAAAAAUCUCUUCACGAAAUUUCGGAUCCCACUGCUUUAAAACUUAAAAAUAUCUCGCAUAUGGAAAUAAAUUAUUGGAGGAGUUUUCUCACGCAUUCCAUGGAUUACUUUUAUGAAAUGACUGAAGCUAAUCUCUAGAUGAACCUCAGCUUAUAAUUUAAAAGUUUUAAAACAAAAUUAAUUUAUAAAAUGUCAAUAUAGCAGCUU